CACAGCACUUGGCCUGAGCCCCCGUUACCAAGAGAAAGAAGGCUUUUGCCAAGGACUCUGAGGGGAGAUAAAUGCUGGGAGCGAACUCAACUCUGGUCAGGACCCAAGCACCCAGCCCUCCUGGAGACAUUGUGUGAGCUGGGCCAGGCCUGCAGACAGCCCCUCCCGCCGCCCCAGCCAGGGUGGUGCUUGUGUGGGAAGGACUUUAAAUCCAGCUGCCAGACCCCUGGCCGGGAGAGGCUGAGAGGACUGGCCACCAUGCACAGCUCCUGUGAUCUGCUGCUGCUGCUGCUGCUGCUGCUGGCGGCCACCGUGGGCCCUGCUGGCGCCCUCACUGAAGAUGAGAAACGUGCAAUGGUGGAGCUGCACAACCUCUACCGGUCCCAGGCAUCCCCACCUGCGGCUGAUAUGCUGCAAAUGAGGUGGAACGAGGAGCUGGCCGCCUUCGCCAAGGCCUACGCGAAGCAGUGCGUGUGGGGCCACAACAAGGAGCGCGGGAGGCGCGGCGAAAACCUGUUCGCCAUCACGGGCCACGGCUUGGACGUGCCGCUGGCCAUGGAGGAGUGGCACCACGAGCGCGAGCACUACAACCUCAGCGCCGCCACCUGCGACCAGGGCCAGAUGUGCGGCCACUACACGCAGGUGGUCUGGGCCAAGACAGAGAGGAUUGGCUGUGGCUCCCAUUUCUGUGAGAAGCUCCAGGGUGUCGAGGAGACCAACAUCCAUUUGCUGGUUUGCAACUAUGAGCCUCCGGGGAAUGUGAAGGGAAAGAAACCCUACGAGGAAGGCACUCCGUGUUCCCUCUGUCCAUCCGGCUACCGCUGCGAGAGCUCCCUCUGCGAACCCGUCGCGGGCCGGGAAGAGGCUCAGGAUUUGCCUGGCCUGGUAACCGAGGCCCCAUCCUCCCUGGCAACUGAAGCUUCAGGCUCUGGCAAAAGCCGUAUCCCUUCUUCCCUGGCAACAGAAACUCCAGCCUCCUUGGUAACAGAGGCCUCAGGCUCCCUGGAAACCAAGGCUCUACCUGCUGUAGAAACCAAGGCCCCAUCUUCCGUAGCAACGGAGGAGCCCCCCUCCACCGCAAGGGAGGCUCCACCUUCCUUAACGACUGAGACCCCUUCCUUGUUGGUGUCUCACAGCCUGUUCUCCUUGGAUGAGGGGCCAGCUACCUCCCCCAAAUCAACCCAUGAGCCCAUCUCCAAAUUGGCAGACAAAGAGGCCAGCAGGACAAGAAUGACUUCCAAGAGCCCAGAGAGUUCUCCACACCCCAAGAUGUUCUUGAGAGGGACACGGGAGCCACUACCCCAGUCCCAGAAGGUGGGCAAGGCUGAGGCAAAGUUAUCUCCUUCCAGUGAGGUCUUGGCUUCAGUUUUUCCAGGCCAGGACAAGACAGGUGCAGAGGGCCCUGAAAAACCUAGCAUCAAGUCAGGGCUGAACCAGGGCCCUGGUCAUAUCUGGGGCCCCCUUCUGGGACUGCUGCUACUGCUUCCCCUCGUGCUGGCUGGAAUCUUCUGAAGGGGUCACCACUCAAAGGCAAGGCCUGUGGGGAGACCCUGGCCUUAUGCCCACACUGCAUUGUCUUUCUCCAAGUAAGAGGCCACAGUUUCCUGGGCAGGUCCUGCUCUGUGGCCCAGUAGCCCCCCUUGACCCCAGCUUCCGGCCGGACUCCAGGCAAGUGACCUGUGCCCCAGGAGGCCUCUAUAAGCCCGACUCCUGGCACUGGCUCAGGAGUGCCUCUGUCCCUAUGGAGGUCCACCCCUCAGCUAGCUGCAGAUUGUUCUGAGCAGUGAUCCUGUGGCUGCUUGUGCUCAUUCUCCAGUGUCCUGGUGGCCAUGGUUCUGCUCUUCCAGGAACGGAUCUCAGCGCUUCCCAGAAACCCCUUGACCCCUCCUAGGUCCCUGGCUUCUUCCUUCAGCCAUCUGAGUCUGGGGCUAUUCCCAGGAAUACCUCCUGCCUUCCCAGGCUGAAGAGGUCAGCAGUCCUCCUGCCAUCUCCCCCACACUGCCCCUCACCCCACAAACAAGAUGCUUCUUGGCUGAAGGUGCUCUGAAAGGGAAAGGCUGCAGGACACCUGCCUCAUCCUCAAACACCUUGGGGGCAUGAGGCCUGGCUGGCUAUGAGCUCAGGGUGCCAGCCGGAGCGCCUCCUGCCCCUCCAGUCUUAAUCUUAGGGUGUAGGUGGAGAUUCAGGGGAGAUCCCUGGCUACCUGGAUGGACUGCCACUGCAGAUAGGGGGCUCUCCCUGAGUGCCCCUUCCCCCUACUUGCAGAUGUAGCUGGGGAGGUGGAGUUGUGAAGGGCAGAUGAAGGACAAGCUCAUCUGAAUGGGGUUCCAUGAUAGGCAGAGACCGGGAAGGGAAGCCUCCCCCCUCCCCCCGCCCCCGGACUCCCGAAUAAAAGCCUGUGUAAGAGUA